UAUCCACGAAACGGACGGUCGCGUCUGCGUACGCGCACGUUUUAUUAGAAAGUGUAUAAAAACUGUGUUCUAGUGUUUUAGGAAAAUGUGGUUUUGUGUUAUUAAUCAAUUGGAUUGCGUUUGUUAAUUCUUAACGCUGCCAUGGGCACGAUGCGAUGAGCCACUUGCUGGUGGCGCUCGCGUUGUUGACGGCGGAGGCGGCCCAUGCGCAACUGCGGCCGGCCGAUGCGCCGCCGCCUCUAAACGACACACGAUGCGGUUCCGAAUGCGUGAGAUGUUCAGCUGACGGAUGCAUUAAAUGUGCGCGCCUUCUCAUAUGGCCAGGAGGCUCGUGCGCCCACGAGUGUCCACCAGGGACUCGGGAAUCUUGGGCACACGAUGACCAGCUCAUGGGCAGAGUCUGCUACCCAGGACAUGUGUAUCACGAAAUAUUAAUUGGCGGCGCGUGUGGAGUAGCUGCCUGUAUAAUUUUGGUAGCUGUGGGGGCUGCCUACGCACGUUGCAAGAAAAGGCCGCACGCACACCCUCUACCGCAACCAAAUCACGAUGAUGACGCGCAACUAAGAGAAUUUCACAAACAGCUGGACUGUUUACGACCUCACGCAUACACUCUACUAGCUAUACUCAACCACACGAGACACCAGGUGCGAGAGCUCUACCAGCUCGGGAAUAAUGAUGCUGCAAUGGCUUAUAGCUGUGUCUUGAGUGAUCUGGCAAAGCUACUAAUACUGCUGAACAAACAGCAUAUACCUGUGGUGCCUGAAGAAUGGUCUCGACUCGCGAGCUGGGCUGAUCGAAUACUCAAACGCUACAGUCGUCUCGGUAUUAAUCAGUCAUGUCAACAAACAGAACUCGUGAACUUGUCGUCCCCACCGAGCCAGCGGUCAGAUGACACCACUCAAUCAUUCUCCACCUUCAAACCCCCCUCAUACUCUCCUACAUCCUAUGAUAGUCAUAUUUUAGAUAAGGAAAGCCCGUGGAGUGGAAGACCACCAAGCUACUCUCAAAUAGAAUCAGAGUCCAUAGUACUCACAGAUCCCUGGGAGAGACGACCAAUUGUAAGAAGAGAAAGUGUUUGGCUAGAAGACGAGUUAUUUGAGAUGACCAGGCGACCCCAAGACGAACUUACCACAGAGUUGUAGUUAUAGUCUAGAUUAAGAUACAUUUGUUAAUAUAUUUAAGAUUUUAUGUUAUCGGAAACUUAUAUUUAUAAGAUAAUAAAUAUGAAUCUAGAAUGGAACGAUAAAAAAAUAGAGGAAUUUAAUAAAAUUUCAUGAUGGAAAGAUUACAAUAUACAAUGCAAAUUAUCUAUGUAUAAAUUAACACUCUAAAGUAUAUGAAAAGUACAAAGAUAAAUUAUUACUGCUAAAACACUAAAGUUGGAACUAUCAACUAGUCACAGUAAAAUGAGAAAAACUAUGAAAUCAAAAUUCUAAAGUGACAAUAAUUCUUUUAUUACGUUUGGUUUCCUACAUACAUAUGACGUAUGUAGUUUAAUAUUUUAUUCAUUAUGAACCAAUUUGUACCUGUUUAUUAAUAUAAUUGUAAUUUGGUAUAUGCAAUGAAGUAUUAAUUAUAAUUAGUAACAUCAAGAAA